AUGGCUACUGACUGGCAACCCGAGUGCCUUGUCACUCAGAACCAGCAGUCAUUGGAUCCUGUUGGAGGUCAUUCUGAUCGAGCUCUUCAGAAUACCACUGGCAAUGUCCAGUCUUAUGCAGACCCGUUAGCCCAUGCUGAUAUUGCUCGUGAGGAUCCGCUCCAUCAACUUGGCUUCAAGUAUCCUCAUGCCCCUCAUCCUCCUCAACCCUUGUCGGCGCCUGGCUUGCAUCAUCAGCAUGUAGCGGCUCGGCUUCACCAACGCAAGCUCCGCAGACUUAACUCAGUUGGACCCAACUCUCAAUCUCGCCGGGCACGAAGCAGCUACCUCAAGUCUCAGAAGUACUUGGAUUACCGUGCUCGCCCUCGUCGUGAUACUGGGAAGGAUGGAGAGCCAGUGUGGUCCGACGAGUUGGAGGACGCUUUCCAGCAGGCCCUCGAAGCAAACCCUCCCAUGGGUCGGAGAAAGUGGUCUGAACGGGGGAAGUCGUAUGGCCGCAAUGAGCUGAUUGCCGAGUACAUCUUCAAGUUGACCGGCAAGCGGAGGACCCGCAAGCAGGUGUCAAGCCAUCUGCAGGUUCUCGACUCUUUCCUGAAGGGUGAUCCAGAUUGGGAGCGACUUGUCCGUGAGACAUCACCAGAACGCUCGUCGAGUGUGCAUGGGUCAGCACCUGCUCCCAAAUGGAGGUCGGCAGUCGAGCACCCUUCGGCGUCCAGCCACUACGGCAGUCACACACACCCCUCAUACCAUGACCACAUGAGAUCCAUGCAACCAUAUGCUGGGGAUCUCCCACCCCCACACUAUACCCUUGGCUCAAAUCUGCAGGAGGCUCCUGCUAGCACCAUUCAUGGCUUUAGCUUCGACAUGUGGGUCAGCGCUCCUCAGCAGGCCAAUGGUAUCGACAAGGCAUUGCAUGCCUACACUCGUCUACAGGGUGAUCUGCAUCACCCUGUUGCACCACCCAUGCCUCUUGAGCAACUGAGCGGAUGGCGGUCUUCUUUCCCUGCACUGGCUCCCAUGGUGGAUGACAUCAACAAUCCCCUAGAUUGUGAUAUCAUUUUGUUAGAAGUGAACCUUGAGCUCAUGACCGAUUUCCCUCCUGCGAGAUCACGUCUUGGAAUUCAGCUCGACCUUGACUACGGUCACCCCAGUGCUGGUGAUGUGUUGGGAGUCAGCCAGAUGGACAACUGGACCUGCCGCACGCAUAUCUAUGAAGAUGGCCAGGGGCUCCAAGAGAGUUACCACGACCUACCCAAAACCCAGUCGACAAAGGUCAAGCCUCUCUUCGAAUCAUCUUGGUGGGCUCAGCUGUUCACUCACUUGACUCAAGAGAAGCGUAUGGCCGAGGACUCCGGAAAUCCCCAGGCUGCUCGCGUCGCUGACGACCAAACCCGUAACUACAUCCGCUCAUUGACUGCAGUACAAGAGCUCCGUGCCACAUCGCCCAGCUCUCGCCGGCUUUCCAACCAAUACCAAGGCCACCACGGCGAUGAGAGCAAGCGCAUGGCCGUUCUCGUCUGGAAGUUCCGACAAACCCGGCCUGGCGAAGUUGGCACAACUACUUGGAGACGACUGAUUCCGGCGCCAGACCGGACCACAACCAAUAGCCCGCGUCCAGUCUCCGGUGGUGUCUACCCGGCCCCUCAACCCCAUGACCUCAUCCACCACCCGAGCCAAUCCCACUCGCAAUGGCCUAUGUACCAACCAUCCCACCACGACAACAUGGCUAAUCUCUUUAAUUCUGCCGGCCAACUCGACUUCAUGGCAUCCAUCAGCAAACCCGAAGACGGCCUCAAUGAUAAAACCGCCGUCACCUCCGUGUUGGACUCAUUCUCCGCCAGCCUCGCACCAGAGAACAUCCCAUCCACAAGCCUCCACGGCUCCAGUGGUACACCAGUCAUGCUCAAUGUGCACGACCUACCGCUCUCCCACCCAGUAAUGGGUUACCCAAUGGGUCACGAAGCAUCCCACUACGUGCCCCCUCAACAGCACAGCGUGAAUAUGCACGACAGCAACAGUGUGCUAGGUUACUACGGCUCUAACCCACAGCCGCUUGACGAUCUCAGUCACGGCCAGUCCUCAUGGGGUGCACACUCCACUUCCAUUCCCGGAGAUGUCGGCACCGGUAGUUACCACCUCCCUUACCAGCCGGAGCACCAUGGACAUGGAUCUGUAUCGCGCGAGUCACAACAACCACACCAUUUCGAUGGUAUCUUGCCGUCGGAUGACCUAAUGGAUAAGAUCGUCGGGCGCAUGUCCAAUGGUCCCAGCAUGCAUGGGGCAGGCCCCGAUGCGUAUGAUAACGCCACGGUGGAUGCGGCAUAA